CUCCUCGUCUCGUCCAGGGGCUUCUUUAUAAGAGCAUAGCUCCAGAUUCUCUCGCCGCCAUGAAUCGUUCGCUCCGCCUCCUCCUCCGUGCUGCCGCUGCCGCUGCCGCCUUCUUGGUUGUUAGAAGCUGACAGCUGGUUUCGGCGGUGCAUGAUUCGUGUUGCGUGUGGCUGAUCCAAGAUGCCUCCCCUCGUGGCGCCGGCGGAUCACAGGGACGGGUCCAGGCAGCGGCAGGCGGCGGUUAAGCCGCGGUCGGCGUCGUUCCACGGGCGCGGCGCGGCGGAGCAGCAGCGGCACCCGCUGCUGAAGCAGCGGCCGCGGACGCAGCCGGACCUGCUCGCGGGCGUCAGGGCGCAGAGCCUCCGGCGAGGCGGCGGCGACGCGGCCGGCGAGAGGCGGACGCCGGAGGCGCCGAGCAGGGUGCUGCUGACCGUGGCCGUGAGGCAGAGCAUGUGGCCGCUGCACGUGAUGGCGCGCACCGAGUGGCGCGUGGCCGACCUGGUCGCCGCCGCCGUGGAGCUCUACGUCCGGGAGGGCCGCCGGCCGCUCCUGCCGUCCGCCGACCCCACCGCCUUCGGCCUCCACUUCUCCCAGUUCAGCUUGCAGAGUUUGGGCCCGGAGGAGAAGCUCACGGAGCUCGGCAGCAGGAGCUUCUUCCUCUGCCCCAAGAACGCCGCCGCCGCGGCGGCUACCGUCUCGUCAGGCGAAGGCGCCGGCGGCUUGUCCGGUGAUGAGGAGGCGAACUCUGCCAAGAAGCCAAACGUGCUGGCUCCAUGGCUAGGACUCAUUCGCUUCUGUCCGCUUCUGUAGGGCGUACAUAUUUGCCGCCAUUUGCGUAGGACAUAGCAUGCUGGAUGUAUCAGUAUCACCUGUUUUUUUUGGAUAAUGGUAUGCAGCAUCUGUCUGCUGUGAUCAUCUUAGUUUCCUCUUCUACUCCUUUUUUUAGAUGAUAAUAAUAGUUUUUUUUUUUAUGUUCCUUAGGUAGUAUAGGUAAAUGUAUACAUUGUAUACUGUUACAGUUUUGAAGAUUAUUGAUAUGGAACUAGCUGCAAAUUUGCAUUGCAGUUGAUAACGAUACAUGGGGAGAUUAGAUUCGGUAUGUUUGCGAUUCAGCAAAUACUGCCAGUACGCAAAAGUCGACGCCUCUCCCCUUACAAUAGCAUGCUAUAAGUCAGCUAUAAACAUAUUUAAAGAGAUAAAAUGGGAGAGA